AUGUCUUCUAGAAUCACCAGAUCUUCGGCCCGUCAAGCAGCGAGUCAGGCAGCCCAAACCAACAAUUUUGCUCCUGCCGCUGCUGACGUCCCGACCACCGCAGCCUCCUCUACCCCAGCCUCACGCAAGCGAAAAGGGCUCGCUACUGAGAAGAGCCCCAACACCGCAUUGUCAUCCGGAUCUUCAGGUCGACGGUCCAAGAGACAAAAGAUUCCCGAAGCGGCUCCUCCCUCCACCAACAAUAACAAUCACCAACCAGCACCUAGAGCCAGGCGAAAGGGAAAACCCGCCGCAGAGAUGGAUAGCCCAGAAAACAACAGGCCCGGAUCUGCGAACCCCGCCGAAUCUUCUAUUCCUUCCGGCUCUUCCAGCCGAAAAUCCAGCCGCUCCAAGAAGCCCACUGGAUCUACACAAGAGUCAGCACAAGGCUCGACCCUAACCACACGAAGAUCGAAACGAAACCUUGAUAGCGCAGUCGAUCAAGAUACGCCAAUGACGGGCACCGACGAAAACAGAGACCCGGGACCACCGCCACCUCCUCCCCCUCCCGUUGACCACCACGACGAUGACGAUAGUGAAGAAAACGAUGAAGAUGACGACGAGGAAGGAUCACGAAGAUACGACGAUGACGAUGACGACGAUGAUCCCUUUGGCGGGUUCGGUGGCCCUCCUGGCAGUUUGGGUAGCACUUUGAGAGCGUUGACGGGGAUGAUGUCUGGCCUCACAUCGCGAUUCAGGGAGCUCCUUCACAAUCUACGGGUAGACGACCUCUCUGUGCAGCUAAUAGCCCUGCAGGAGCUUUCAGAGAUUCUUCUGGUAUCGAACGAAGACAAUCUUACUGGCCAUUUCUCGCCAGAUGCAUUCGUCAAGGAGCUGGUUACACUCAUGAACAAGGAGGAAAGCCCCGAGAUAAUGCUGCUAGCUUGCCGGUCUCUAGCAAACUUGAUGGAGGCUUUGCCCGCCAGUGUUGCAAACGUCGUAUAUGGAAACGCCGUUCCCGUACUGUGCCAAAAGCUCCUCGAAAUAUCCUUUAUCGAUUUGGCCGAACAGGCUCUAAGCACGCUGGAAAAGAUUUCGGUCGAGUAUCCUACAAGCAUCGUUCGGGAGGGAGGACUUACUGCGUGCCUUUCAUACCUCGACUUCUUUGCCACAGGCACUCAACGAACCGCUGUCACGACCGCCGCCAACUGUUGUCGCAACAUUCCUGAGGAUUCUUUCCCAGUUGUGCGGGAUGUUAUGCCCACACUUCUUAACGUUCUCAAUAGUAACGAUCAGCGUGUUGUCGAGCAGGCCUCGCUCUGUGUGUCGGGUAUAGUGGAGAGCUUUAAAUACCACCCUCACAAGCUUGAGGAACUUGUCAGCGUGGAUCUUCUUCGUGGUGUGCUGCGUCUUCUGGUUCCUGGCACUACCAACAUGAUUAGCUCCAGCAUCCAUACUCAAUUCCUUCGGGUUUUGGCUUUCACUGCGCGAGCCAGUCCUCGCCUUUCUGCCGAGCUUUUCAAGCUCAACGUGGUGGAGACACUGUACCAGAUUCUGACAGGAGUAUCACCACCAAGUGGUACUGAGGAUGUCGCCUCAAAGCUGGAUAGCGUUGUAAUCAUGCAGGCCCUUAUUCACCGUCCCCGAGAGCAAAUUAUCGAGACUCUCAAUGUCAUUUGCGAACUUCUUCCUAACCUGCCGCGGAACGCCGACCCAUCUUUCGGAGAUUUCGUCGAGCUUAUCGCUUCUACAGAGCCACCACACCCAGUAUCCAGUGGAGGACGAAACCGCAGGACCACAAACGAGAAACGGAUCGAGCUUUUGGAAGAUUGCAAAGACGAAGUCCGUCGGUUUGCUCUUAUCAUCUUUCCUACUUUGACAGACGCCUUCUCUAGUACUGUCAACUUGAGUGUCCGCCAAAAGGUACUCACAGCGCAGCUCAAGAUGCUCUCCAACCUCGACGAAGACAUCCUGGUAGAGGCUUUGACUCCUGUUCCCUACGCCUCCUUCCUCGCCUCUAUUCUUUCGCAACAGGAUCAUGCAUCUCUCGUCAUGCUUGGACUCCAAGCAGCCGAACUCUUGCUGAGCCGCCUCGACAAGAUCUAUCGCUACCAAUUCUACCGCGAAGGUGUCUUCCUGGAAAUCAACAAGAUCGCCGAAGAGGAGGAUCCAGUUGAACCAGAGCCGGAGAAAAACGAAAAGUUGGAGGGCGACGAUGGACGAACCGCGGAACAAGCGAACGAACACUCUUCGGAGCAUGAGUCUGAGCAUGAUGAAGAUGAGGAGGAUGAGGAACGCGAGUCAUCUGACGACGACGACGAUGAGGACGAAGAGAAUGAUAACGAAAAUGGCGAUGCAAACAACGAUGACAUGUCCCCUGUUAGCUCCCGAGGAUCUACUGUGUCUCUCGAGGUUCCUCUUGGCCGCUAUAUCUCCGACGUUCGUUCAAUGAAGUCCCGAACCCGAGACGUUGCCAAGAAAUUCUUGGAGACCCAUGAAACCGAGGGCCACGGACAAGCGAUGAAGGCAAAGGCUACAGCUAUUCUUGAUGCUCUGUCAGAGUUGGCAGGCGAGUUGGAGACCUUCUAUCUCAAGCGAUCGACCGGAAACAUUGUGGCCGAUAAAGGGAAGGAACUUUUCGCGAAACUUGCAUCAUACUUCGAUACAGACGUCCUGGAGAGUGUUACAAGCGCAGAGCUUCUGGCAUCAGGCCUGGUCCGCGUCCUCCUUGAGAUCUUUAGCAAUCCUGACGAAGAGCUGGCCCGCGCCGCUCAAUCAACCUUCUUGGAAGUCUUCAUGGCCUACACUGUUAAGUCAAAGCCCAAAACAGCGACUGCAGAGUCGCCAGCAACGCCUUUCAGCGUCAUGAUUCACAAGCUUCAGGACUUGCUCAGUAGGUCAGAGCAUUUUGAGGUUAUCACGGUGCAUCACAACACAUUCGAUGGCAACCACAGCAGCCCUGCCUCUAUGCUAGGCAAGCAGAUCAGACUUCGUCUUGUUGCUGAUGACGAACUCGAGGUACCCAAGCCAUACCGAAACAUCAUGGUGUCAAUCCACGCCAUUGCGACAUUCAAGUCUCUGGAUGACUACCUACGGCCGCGACUCAGCAUCACCGAUAGACCUCGUGGCUCCGCCCGUAGGGACGGAGUCGCUCGAGCACUUGCAGCAAUGGCCAGCAGCGCCGGCUUUGCUGGUCUCCCUCUCAGUACCGCAGCAGCAGCUCGACUAGCUGCGGCCGACGCGGGAAACCCAUUCGCAGGCACUCCUCCAGUACCCCCGCCUCCUGCUGCCCCAACACCUUCAAGUUCACGAACCCUCCGCAAGUCAAAGUCACAGGCUGCUCCUGCUACACCGGACCAGUCUGCUGGAUCGUCUCGAGACAAAGGCUCACUCCGCCGAUCCACUAGGCGACAUGGCGCCGCCAGCACGCCACCAGCUCCCCGACCUCCUCCAGGUGAUGACGAGGAGAUGCAGGAUACACUUGAGUGUGCUGACGAAAAGCAACUGACAGACGAUGAUGAUAUUGGAGAAAGCAGUGCACUGGACGCUAUUGUUGGUGAGCUUGAAGAAGACAUGGAGGAUGAAUCGACUCCUGGUGACACUUCGGCUGUCAAUAUGGAGGUAGCCACUGGCGGCCAUGUGACAGCACGCAAAGAAGACGGUACUCGUAUUGCGACCCCGACCGCAUCUGGGGCGCCCAGUCGUGCCGGAGGAGCACCUGCCGGGGCUCACGGCACACCCACCCCAGCUACGUCAUCGUCAAGAGCUAUGUCUUACGCCUCUGCUCUUCAGGCUGUACCCCAAGACUGGCAUGUUGAGUUCAGUCUUGACAACAAGCUUAUCCCCAACGAGACCACCAUCUAUCGUGCUGUGCACACCUCAGCAUCGAACUCGGAUGAGCAUAUCAGCCGAAGUAUCUGGUCGACCAUACAUCCUAUCAAGUUUAAACGAGUCCCUGGACCACCCCCCGCAGAAACUCUGUCGUUCACAUCCAAUUCGGAAGCGGACGGCGAGGACGAGCACGGUAUUCCUGCUUCACUCGCAAAACAUCCCACAACAUCGUCAAUUUUGCGACUGUUGAAUAUCCUUCAUGACCUCAACUCGAACAUCGAGGAUGUCUUGGUCGAGAAGAAGAACAGCGUCAUCGGCCUCAAUGUUGAGCCGCUGUCUCAAUUUGUCAACACGAAACUCACGGCCAAGUUGAACCGCCAGUUGGAGGAACCCUUGAUUGUUGCUAGCAACUGUCUACCCAGCUGGGCAGAGGACCUUGCUCGCCUUUACCCGUUCCUCUUCCCAUUUGAGACUCGACAUCUUUUCCUCCAGUCUACAUCCUUUGGAUAUGCCCGGUCCAUGACCAGGUGGCAGAACACUCAGUCAGCAGAAGAGAACCGAAGAGAUCGAAACAAUGAGAGACCAUUCCUCGGCCGACUUCAGAGACAGAAGGUGAGGAUAUCUCGCCAAAAGAUCUUGGAAUCUGCCUUGAAGGUGAUGGAGCUUUAUGGUGCCUCCCAAAGUAUUCUCGAGGUCGAGUAUUUUGAGGAGGUGGGCACUGGCCUUGGUCCUACUCUCGAGUUCUACUCGACUGUUUCGAAAGAGUUCUCAAAGAAGAAGCUCAAACUGUGGCGCGAGGUUGAUUCGAACGAUUCGGACGAGUUUGUCUCUGGAGCCACUGGACUCUUCCCCCGACCCCAGAGUGACGAAGAGGCUGGAACACCAAAUGGAGAGCGAAUCUUGCACCUUUUCAAAAUGCUUGGCAAGUUUGUCGCACGAUCCAUGAUUGACUCGCGAAUCAUCGAUCUUCAUUUUAACCCUAUCUUCUUCCGGAUUGGAGAUGCCAUCACUGGAGUGAAGCCGUCACUGGGAGCUGUCAAGAUUGUCGAUCCUGGUCUGGCUCGCUCGCUGAAAGCCAUCAAGCAGUUUUCCUUGGCCAAGAAAGAGAUCGACGAGGACCCUAGCCGUACAGCUGCACAAAAGGUCGCCGAUACAGAAAACAUCACCAUUGAAGGCGUUAAGCUCGAUGACUUGUGCCUAGACUUUACUCUACCCGGAUACCCGAAUAUCCAGCUGGAAGACAAUGGCUCGCAAAAACGGGUCACUAUUGACAACGUAGACACUUACCUAGAGAAGGUUAUCGAUAUGACCCUCGGUUCUGGUGUUCGCCGCCAAGUUGACGCUUUCCGCGCUGGAUUCUCACAAGUCUUCCCUUACUCAGCACUCAGUGCUUUUACACCCGACGAGCUUGUCACCCUGUUUGGUCGCGUUGACGAGGACUGGUCUCUAGAGACUCUACUCGAUUCUAUCAAGGCUGAUCAUGGCUACAAUAUGGACAGCAAGACUGUGAAGAAUUUGCUUCAUACCAUGAGUCAAUUCAACCCAUCAGAGCGCCGAGACUUUUUACAGUUCACGACUGGAAGCCCCAAGCUUCCUAUCGGAGGAUUCAAGUCUUUGACACCAAUGUUCACUGUCGUCUGCAAGCCCAGCGAAGAGCCAUAUACGUCUGAUGACUAUCUGCCCAGUGUCAUGACAUGUGUCAACUAUCUGAAGCUCCCAGAUUACUCUAACGUUGAGGCUAUGAAGAAACAACUCUCGACAGCAGUCAAGGAAGGUCAGGGAGCAUUCCAUCUGUCUUAG